UUCACGACUCUCAACGGUGUGGUGAGGUUAGCUUGCUAGCUUAUUGGUUUGAAUGCAGCUAAUGUCACCUCGUGCGAACGUGUUUGCACAUAAAAGGACAAACUCCGCUCACAUACUCUCCAUUGUUCCCAUACGAGGAGACAGGCCCCAGCCAUGGAGGAAGACAAUUCAUCUGUGACAGAUCACUCCUCAGACGAAAGUGACGCAGCCUUCGACAUUGAGUAUGUCGUAGAAUCGGAUACCUCCACUGAUCGUGAGGAUGACAAAAAGCCCAAGAAAAAGGAAGGGAAGAGCCACCCUUGCACCGUUUGCAACAAAAUAUUUGACAGGCUUUCCAAACUUAACAGGCACCAAUCGGUACACAUAAGACCAAAGACCUUAAAGACUCACUUUACCUGUCUGCAUUGUGAGGUGACUUUCACAGAAGAAGAGAAACUGUUACGACACCAGGAUACCCACAACCGGAAAAAGGAGCACCCGUGCCCCGACUGUGAUAAAGUGUUCAACAACCCUUCCAGGCUAUUGCGGCAUCAACGCGUCCACGCCAGGAAACCAAAGGUGCCCCACCAGUGUUCCUUCUGCUCCAGGACAUUCGAUAAACUGUCCAAGCGUAUCCGUCACGAACGAAUGCACACGGGCGAGAGGCCUUUCACCUGCUCCUUCUGUAAGAAGGGAUUUUCUGAGAUGGGUCACUGCAAAGCUCACGAAAAGAAGACGCACAAUGACAAUCCGGAGAAGCCCCACCGCUGCCCCGACUGCGACAUGUCCUUCUUCAGGGCCUCGGAACUCUGUCGACACCAGCGCACGCACACUCGGGAGAAACCUUUUCAGUGCAGCGAUUGUGGCAUCACCUUCGCCAGUUCCGAGAAUCUGAAGAGACACAUGAGGAGCCACACGGGCGAGCGGCCGUACGUCUGCAUCACUUGCAGCAAGGGAUUUUACUCCCGUCAGGAUUUAAACAUUCACUUGCUGAUCCACUCAGGAGAAAAGCCCCACCUGUGCCCUGUGUGCGGCAAAGGGUUUGCGCACCUGGGCAACAUGAAGGAGCACGAGAAGAACGUCCACGCAAAGUCCAGCAAGUACGUUUGCAACAAAUGCGGGGCCACAUUCACCUGGUACAAGUCUCUGAACCUGCACCAGCGGGUGCACACCGGGGAGAGGCCUUAUCGCUGCCUGCCGUGCGGUCGCAGCUUUUCCUGGCGUCACUGCCUCAGCAACCACCGCAGGACUCAGGCUCACAAGCAGAUGUUGAGCAACGCGGCCAAAAGCCUAGAAGAUUUUCAAGAGCUCGUUGGAGAUCAAUGCAGUUGAAAACUGAUCUGGCACUGGCCUCGUAAAACUGGUGCCAGACAAGCACUAACUUUUUGGCUGUACGAGACCCCUUUGUUUCCCUUCAGUUGUCGUAAGUUGUAAUAAAGAUAAUUUGGACAACUUUAUGUGGGACAGUUUGGGAAAGGCCUUUUCUUUUCCAGCAUGACAGUGCCACCAUGCGGGAACAUUGUCCUUAAACUGUUCGACUAUUUUCUCACACACUUGUUCACACAGAGGUGAACCUCGCCCCUUCUAUGCUUGUGAAUGGCUGAGCAAUUCAGGGAAGCUUGUUUUAUACCCAAUCAUGGCACCCACAUGUUCCCAAUUAGCCUGUUCACCUGUGGGAUGUUCCAAACGGGUGUUUGAUGAGCAUUCCUAACUUUCUCAGUCUUUUUUGCCACCUGUCCCAGCUUUUUUGGAACAUGUUGCAGCCAUGAAAUUCUAAGUUAAUGAUUAUUUGCAAAAAAAAAACAAUUAAGUUUAUCAGUUUGAACAUUAAAUAUCUUGUCUUUGUAUUGUAUUCAAUUACAUAUUGGUUGAAAAUGAUUUGCAAAUCAUUGUAUUCUGUUUUUAUUUAUGUUUAACACAACGUCCAUUGGGACUCCAUCGUUCUGCUGGGGGACUUCAAUACUCACGUGGGCAAUGACAGUGAGACCUGGAAGGGCGUGAUUGGGGGGGCCCCACCGAUCAGAACCCGAGUGGUGUUCUGUUAUUGGACCGAGUGGUGUUCUGUUAUUGGACUUCUGUGCUCACCCUGGAUUGUCCAUAUGAACACCAUGUGCAAGUAUAAGGGUGUCCACACGUGCACUUGGCACCAGGACAACCUAGGUCGCCGUUCGAUGAUCGACUUUGUGGUCGUGUCAUCGGACUUGCGGCCGCAUGUCUUGGACACUCAGGUGAAGAGAGGAGCAGAGCUGUCAACUGAUCACCACCUGGUGGUGAGUUGGCUCCGAUGGUGGGGGAAGAUGCCGGUCCGACGUGGCAGGCCCAAACAUACUGUGAGG